AUGAGCCCUCUACCAAUAUUGAAUCUUCCUGAUUCAGCAGCAGAUCUUGUUGUGAAGUUACUAGAUUUUCGUGAAAAAGUGAAACUAUGUAUGUCUUCGAAGCGGAGUGCAAAAGUAGUGAAACGAGCAAAAGUAAAAGUUAAUUAUAUCAAUACUCAUAUGGAAGAGACAUCUAGUCACACAUUUAUAUACGAAACUGAAUUACCGGGAGGAAACGAUCUUGGUGCAUUUUUUUACAGUAAAAAGUCAGAGUUUUUGAAGUCAAGUGAAAGACAUUAUAAUCGUGAAGUCGUGAAUCCGAUUCAAGAAAACAUUAGCCACGCGAGACGACUACUUGAAACUUUUGAAGUGAAACAACUAAGAUAUAGUGUUUGCGUUAAGAAUAAGAAAUCUGAGAUUCUCAAAGAAUACUUAACACGUGUUGUUGCGAUGGAUUAUGAUUCUAUAGACUUUUCUGGGAUGAUGUUUUAUGAAGAAGGUAACGUCCCUCUGGACACUGAAGAUCUCUCGCUUAUUUUGGAAACUGUCAAACCGGAUGCUGGUCUUCGUAUCCACGGUACCAUCUCUUCGGAUUUCAAGCAUGAUAAUGCAAGUUCCAUUUGUAUUUAUUCCAUUAGUUUAUUUGAUUUUCAGCCCUUCAAUUUCAAGUCAGUGCAUUAUAUGGAUGGUGGAUGGGUGACUAUGGAUGUUCUGAAAUCGAUCCGACAUUCCGGGCGUGUGGAAUUUAUGCUUACUAAUUUUAGCUGUAAAGAUUUCAAUGAAUACAUCCACUAUUGGGUCAAUAGUAAAGAAGAUAUCAUACGAGAUUUGAGUAUUGGACUCGAAAGAGAUUUCAAUGAGCGGGUGUUAUUGGAUAACUUGGCAUUUGCAACGUGUCAAUGCCGAUAUAAGACAUAUCACUUCAUUAAAGCAAAAAAUAAUGAAAAUAGAAAGUUCACCUUCGCUAAAGUGUCAUACGACAAUUCUCGUCCGUAUAAGGUUGACUUUGAAACAGACGAACCAGAUGUCGGAUUGGCUGCAGUCAUUUUCAAGCAUCUUGAAGAUAUUGAAGAAAUUCAGAAAUUGAGUGAAGUGGUGGAAAAGAUCGAAGAGUUAGAGAUGAAAUGCAUGGAAGUGUUGGAAGGAGAGACAUCUGAUACUGAGAAGGAACGAAUUCGGAACGAAAUGGAGAUCGUUGUGAAAACGAGAAAUUUGAUUGAGACACGAUUGGAUGCGAUACGGAGUCAAUGGAAAAACUUCUUGAAGAAUAUUUAUUCCGGCUUGUUGCGAGUGGCAGGGAUCACUGAUACUACUCUGCGGGUCACUGUGACUAGUCCAAGUUACGUGUAG